UUUCUGCUUGAGACCGCACUCGUCAUCCAGCAGUCGUCCUCCUCGGCACUCGCUCGCCCUUCACUCGCUCCGGAAGCCGCCCGACGCACUCAUACUCUUGCAUUUGCAUAUCCUCUCCAGCCUCAGAAUGAAGGUAAUCAUCCUCCUGCUGGCGGUGGCGGCCGCUAGAGCAGCACCCCAGGGGGGCUACAACUACGCGCCCCCGGAGCCCGCCCCCGUCUACAACUUCGGCUACACCGUGGACGCCGUGGACCCGUACCGCCAGCCCGUCCAGUUCGGCCACUCCGAAGGGCGCGACGGCGUGAAGACCAGCGGCAGCUACUACGUCCUCCUCCCCGACACGCGCCUCAUGAGGGUCUCCUACUACGUGGACGAAACGGGCUUCCACCCCACCUACACCUUCGAAGGAACAGCUGUGUACCCUCAGCCCCAGCCUUACUCCGGAGGCCAGGCCGCCCUCCCAACCCCGAGCCAGCUGUACGGCACGCCCGGCCGGAAGUAGGCGUCGGGGAAGGGACGAGCACCCAGCGAUAGGUCUUGGCUCGUUCGACUCCUGGCGAUCGAGGGAGUUCAGUCUCUGAGCCAUAUCUAGCCAGUUUUUGCACGCUAACUAUGAAGACAUGCGGCAGAAACAGGUCCUCGUAAGACGUGAUAUCUAGUAUUUCGAUUUUUCUUUUCCAUUCCCUUUUUUUUAUUUGUUUGUCUAGUGUUGUGGCACUGGAUAUCACCAAGGACCGAAUGCCACGUGUCAAGUGCCAUAGCUGUUCAUUUCCGUUGUUAGAUUUUGCUUGUUGUCCGCCUGACGUUGUUUCUCAAACUGUUAAACUAGUCACUUAUAACACAUGUUUAUUUUCUUACAUUUUUGUUACUGUUUUGUUUACGUAUCAUAUGAUAGUUCAUAUUUCAAAGUUUAUGCUAUUUUUCUAUGCUAAUAAAUACAGUAUUCGUUAUAUUUGGUUUAUUUUCCCUUCAGCACCUAAUCACACCCAUGCAUUUUCUGCUAAAUCCAGAAAUGAAAAAGAAAUGUAAAAUUGUCGGAACUCAUUGCAAACAAAACAUGCAAUGAAAGAAGUUUCCGUCUUAUGGAUAAACAUGACUCCCUUUCACCUCGUCUUCCAAAAAGAAAUAAACCGACGCAAACUGGAGGUAAGCGGAAACCAGACCCAAUAAACGAAUAAUAAUAA